AGGUGGGAGCUGUGCGCGCAGACGACACAUUAGUCCAGCCUCAAACUGCCCGGGCUAUUACACUUUGGGAAACUAGAACUACACGAUGCAACUCAUGCGAUUCAAGACACUACGCUAGGAAUCGAGACAAGCUGGGAACUUUUCGAGUGUCUCAACAAGAGGAAGUGGGGAUGAAUGAGAAUGAGAAGAUUGGGUGUCACAAUGCCUUCUAGUUCUGUUCUUCUGACUUUUUAUGACUUUGGAGAGGUCAAAGGGCACCGGGAGCCGAACCCUUGAGGCGGUCUCCGUGGAAACACGCUGACAGGGGAGCUUUGUGAUGUGAUAGACAAGCGGCAGGAUGAUAAUGAUGAUGAUGAUGAUGAUGACGCUGCAGUGAGAAAGGAGCUGGCUUCGCAUAGAUCACUAUCAGUGUCUUAGGCUGUCUGUCAGUGGAGAGAGGAGCACACUCAGCUCUCUGGCUCUGUGCAAGCCGAGGAUAUAAGGUGUCCACUUGGAGGAUCUAAAGAAGGAGAGGAGAGGCAGAGCGUGUUGGUACGGAGAGAGGGGGCAUGAUGCUGGUCGGGUGGCAGCCAUGGGACCUGGCCUGGCAGGCAACGCUGCUCUUCAUUGGACUGGCAUCUCUCAACUGUGGAAUAGAAGCUAACCUGUUGGAUGCCAUGCUGCUGAGGAAUGGCUGGAAAGGAGGAAAAGAGAAGAGGAUAGAGGAAAGCAGUGUUGCCACAACCGUGUCAUCCAAGAACAUGCUCUGGUGUCACUGCAACCACCACUGUCCAGAAGAUUCCUUCAACAACACCUGCAUGACGGAUGGAUACUGCUUCACCAUGGUGGAGGAGGAGGAGGGGGGCAUGGCAGUUGUCACGUCGGGUUGUUUAGGCCUCGUAGGCUCAGAGUUUCAAUGCAGAGAUAUGUGGAAUGGGCGUCUGAGGAAAACCCUGGAGUGCUGCACAGACCGUGACUACUGCAACAGAGAUUUACAUCCUACUCUGCCCCCCAUCAGCACGUCCGAAUACAUGGACAGCAGUAUCCAGUACAUGGCCCUGUGCAUUUCAGUCACAGUCUGCAGCAUCAUCCUGGGUCUCAUUCUUCUCUUUUGCUACUUCAGAUACAAGAGGCAGGAGUCCCGGCCACACUACAGUAUAGAUUUGGAGCAAGAUGAGACCUACAUUCCACCAGGGGAAUCACUCAAGGACCUUAUAGAGCACUCCCGCAGCAUGGGCUCAGGGUCAGGCUCAGGACUCCCUCUACUGGUGCAACGUACAAUCGCCAAACAGAUUCAGAUGGUGAAGCAGAUCGGAAAAGGCCGCUAUGGAGAAGUGUGGAUGGGCAAGUGGAGAGGGGAGAGGGUGGCCGUCAAAGUGUUCUUUACCACAGAAGAAGAAAGCUGGUUUAGAGAGACGGAAAUCUACCAGACCUUUCUGAUGAGGCAUGAUAAUAUACUGGGUUUCAUUGCCGCAGACAUUAAAGGCACUGGUUCGUGGACUCAGCUGUACCUCAUCACGGACUAUCACGAGAAUGGAUCUUUAUACGACUACCUCAAGUCUAAUACUUUAGACAUGAAGGCACUGCUCAAACUGGCCUAUUCUUCCAUAUCAGGCCUGUGCCACCUCCACACAGAGAUCUACGGCACGCAGGGCAAGCCAGCCAUCGCCCACCGAGACCUCAAGAGCAAGAACAUCUUGGUCAAGAAGAAUGGAUUCUGUUGCAUAGCAGAUUUGGGCCUAGCAGUAAAAUUUAAUAGUGACACAAAUGAAGUGGACAUUCCUCUAAACCUAAGGGUGGGCACCAAGCGCUACAUGCCCCCUGAGGUGUUGGAGGAGACUCUAAACAGGAGCUACUUUCAGUCCUUCAUGAUGGCUGACAUGUAUAGCUUUGGGCUCAUUCUAUGGGAGAUGGCUCGGCGUUGCAUUUCUGGAGGCAUUGUGGAGGAGUACCAGCUGCCCUAUCAUGACCUGGUGCCCACUGAUCCUUCCUAUGAGGACAUGAGAGAAGUGGUCUGCAUCAAGAAACAAAGACCAUCCUUCGCCAACCGCUGGACCAGUGAUGAGUGUCUGCGUCAGAUGGGGAAGCUGAUGUCAGAGUGCUGGGCUCAUAACCCGGCCUCUCGCCUCACUGCGCUGCGGGUGAAGAAGACUCUGGCCAAGAUGUUAGAGACUCAAGACAUCAAACUGUGACAAACUGUCCAAAGACAUUCUCCCAUCAGCACAGACUAGUCACUGCCACCGGCCACUCCACUGGUCAAUGCACCAAAGGGAGAAGCAAUGACAAAUAGGACAAAUAAACCUGGCAGAGAAUGUGAGUGAUGAUAACAACAUUGGAGAAUAAUGCCAUAAGAUUUAUGACCAGGCUGAGGUUCUCCCUUUGUGUCAGCGACUUGUGACUCCAAAUGUGCUUUCUGUGAAAGCUAAGGUUGUCAAAUGUGGACUGCACAGGCACGCAGACUUAGAGGAAAGCUGCUAAGUCUCUCUAUAAGCCAUACACAGUGUUAUAUGAGCAGCCUUUUGAGCUGUCACUGCUGCCUUGUUUUGUUCGGGUGUUUGAGUUUGUGGCUCUGUCAAUAAAUGGAACUGAAAGCUCAAGAAGACUGUGGAGAGAGAUGCCCAAAACAUAAUUAGUGACCUCGUUAUUAUUAUUCAUAUUGUUAUAAUAUUAUUAUUAACAGAAAAAAAUCUAUAUAAGAAUGCUUAUUUAAUUUCACAGGGCUUUAAAUUCUGAUAUUUUUAGUAAAUGUGUACAUAUCUGAGCUAAAAAUGAAUACUGCCUUGUUAAAUGUUAUUAAAACUGUACAGAAUAUGUCCUGUCCACUGCACCAUGGCAUGUGCCUUAUUUAAUCUGUACAUACAAGUGUAUUGGUGGAUUUGGGUGAC